CCUGGACUUUGAAUUACCGUCUGCCCUGACAGGAGGCUUGUAUAUAUAAUGUGGUGAUUGAAUGGGACCAGCAGACGUCUGUCACGCUAGAUCUACACUUACUGACGGCCUGAAACUCAAGAGGUGAAGUCAAGAUGAAGGUGUACCUGGUGCUUGCCGUAGCUGUCUUCACAGGUUGCAAUGCCAACAUAUUGUAUGCUGAUGAGCCGAAACCACAGCUGGAUCAGUUAACAGAUGCAUUCUGGGACUAUGUUGCCCAGGCAACACGCACGGCAGAGGACACCAUUCAGACGAUCAGGAAGUCUCAGCUGGGCCAGGAUGUGAAUGCCAGACUGACAGAGAGUGCUGAUGCAGCUAGCCAGUAUGCAGUCACCCUCCAGACCCAGAUGACCCCUCUGGCCCAAGAGCUCAUGACAAAGAUCACCAAGGAGGCUGAGGUGCUGAAGGAGCGUCUGGAGCAGGACCUGACUACCGUUAAGGGGAAACUGGAGCCCUACGCAGAGGACAUGAGAGCCCAGGUUCUGCAGAAGGUAGAGGAGCUCAAGGAUGCGGUGGCCCCCUAUGCUGGGUCUCUGGACUCCGAGUCCCUGAAGGCCACCCUGCUCCAGAAGAGUGAGGAGCUGAAGAGCAGUCUGGAGCAGAGUGUGCAGGAGCUGCAGUCCCAGCUGGGCCCCUACACCGAGGAGCUCAAGCAGAAGGUGGACCAGCACCUGCUGGACUUCCAGACCAGUGUGGCCCCCUUGGUUGCUGACCUCCAGACCCAGCUGGCCCAGAGAGCCGAGCUGGUCCAGCAGAGGCUGGCCCCCUACGCUGAAGACCUGAGAGGCAAACUGGACCCCUACGCCCAGGACCUGAAGACCCAGCUCACCUCCCUGUAUGAGUCCUUCACCAAGAGAAGCUAAAGGCUUCAUAUUAAUGACACUGAGGACAUUGUGACUCAAACCACCCAUUCCAUCAGUAGCACCUUCUGCAUUUUUAAAACCAACACAAAAAGAACGAGAACAAAUCUAAGGUGUUGUCAACUGUGUACAUUUGUUUUCACUGUAAAGCUUGAGAAAUGUCGUGUUUGAGAUGCUUAAUUUAUUGACAAAAUAAAAUAUUUACAUUCAUUA